CCCAUUUUGAUUCGAAGUUCAACCUUGCUGGGAAUAUUAUGGAGACGGACUACAGCACAAUGCUUCAAACGGGCGAAAAACACGUUGCAAAAAUUAGUCUUCUUCAUGUAUUCGAAGUUUUCAGUCGGUGGAGAAUGGUCUACGUCAACUUUCAAAUAUAUCAGAUUGGACCAGGGGUUGUUCAUCUACACGUAACAACUCCAGUUGGCAAGAUUGUAAUAAUACAGAACAUUACACCAGUGGAACCUAUGGAUCAAAUAUUAACUCAUGCGCUGUUCAAGCCUUGGUACAUACCGAACAUUAUCGCGAAGGCUGUCUUAUGGGGAUUGACUGUGCAGGUCGAUCGUGAUCUCAUGGUUUGGAAUAACAGACGAAUACUUGCGAAGCCAUUAUUUUUGAAAGAAGAAAAAGUACAAAAGACAUUCAGGCGAUGGUACAAACAGUUCUAUACGGAUAACAGUCCAAGAUUAGGGGAUACUAAGAAGGAAGGCGAUUUGGACUGGUAAUCGGACUGAAGGUCGAACGCUAGUUCAAUACAUAUUAUUGUGGAAGGUUGCAGGCUCAUCCUACGCCACAGUAAAUUGAAAAUAAAGUGAGGAAAAGGAAUCGCGAACACGAGUUUACAGAAAAAAUCCAGCGAAAAGCUCGUCCUACGCUACGCGAGUUCAGAGAAAACCUUAUCCUGCGCUACAUUAAAUGAAAAUAAAGUGGGAAAGAAGAAUCGCGAACGCGAGUUUACAAAGAAAAGCUCAUCCUACGCUACAUCAAAUGAAAAUAAAGUGAAAAAGAAAAAUCGCAAACGCGAGUUCGCAAGAGAAAAGCUCAUCCUAUGCUACAAUAAAUGAAAAUAAUGUGGGAAAGGAAGAACCGCGAACGCGAGUUUACAGAGAAAGUUUUUUCAAGCGCACACUUUGACAGCACUUGGAUGUGUAGUAGUUUAGUAAAGCAGUGGUUUCCAAAUCCUUACGGGUCGUGACCCCCUUUCAAAUGAUUUUAAAACUCAUUGCCCCUCUGUUCCACAUUCCAAAAAUACAAUUUUUUUGUUUCUGAAGAUUAAAAUUAAAAUUUAAUUUUCUGCGUCUACAAUACGUUUACGACUGCUAUCUCGCAGUCAAGUGAAACUGUACUUAAUAAGUGAACUAGGUUCGGUCGUUAUCUGCAGAUAGCAACCUGCAACCAGCGACAAACAUUAGAAUUCGCAGAGCGAAUAUUGUUAUUUUGAUCGGGAGAUUCCAGUUGGGAACCGCUGUAGUAAAGUCUAAGGGCACGAUGAGCUUCGUCUGAAAUUAUUGCUUUUACGAUUGUCUAAUUUUAUUUUGAAAUUUGAAAUAUUAAAUAUCACACUGCUCUAUAUUUAUAUAUUAUUUUUUUAUCUUUAUUUUAAAAGAAUUUUACUUUUUUUAA